AUGCGGAUCAAUCCCGACCUCCGCGGAUUUUCAACCUCAACCAACCUCCCACGCUCCUCCCAUUCCCACCGCGCUACCAUGGUGAGGCCCCAGCCAGUCCUAAGGCAAUGCCUGUCACUCCAAAAGUCUCUCACGAAUACCUCCGCGACAAGAAAAGCUGCCCUUACAAACCGUCUCCCAGCCCCUACCCUACUCAAAGCCAAUGACGCAGUCCGCGCCGCACGACCAUUCCACAGCACCUCGUCCAGGCAGCGGACGAGAGCCCCCGCACCUGCUGCGAGAAUGAGUCGAAAGGAAAAAACAGAUCCCAAGAACAAAUUUAGGUCACUCAACCCAGAUUUCGGCGUAUACUUCGGAUGUUUAUCCGAUAUCAGGCCAGAUUUAAUGGCGCCUGUCGAUUCGUUGAUGGCAGAGCAUAUGCGGGAGUCGAAAUACGCGUAUGAAGCCGGUAUUAGGGACGGAUUGAUUCCCACUGGUAUUAGUGAGGCUACAUACCGAAAUGUAGGUGCGCAGUUGGUCACGGCGGCGUUUGCGGGGGAACCUUCUUCGCAAGCGAUCAGAGCUAUUUCGACUGAUGCCGACGCUGUAUUCCGUAUUGGGUGGAUGGUCACGGCCUCGAACCGAUACUUCCGCGGCUGGCUUAUUGCAGCUUGUGCAAACGCCGGUGCUCUCCUUCCAUAUGUGAUCUAUGCGAAGAACAGCUUCCUCUAUUUCGACGAGCCGCCAAUGCACACCCCCACGAUGGCCAGGCUAUUUGAGAUCGCGGACAAAGGGUACCCUCCUGCGCUAUUAUUGCAAGCGCAAGUACUUCACCAGCACGGAGACUACAAGCGUGCGGCCGAGAUCCUGGAAACCAAGGUGCUGCCGUACCUCUCCCCAUCAGGACGGAAGCCGAUCCCAUUCGAAGACGUCCUGCUAGGCGAAUUGCUGCCAUCGCCACUCAGGCUAUAUGCGCUGACGCAGGCGACCCUGGGCGAUCAGCUCAAUUCGCAGGCGCACCGUGACAAAUCAGACGAGGCGAUCCGACGCGCGGCAUUGGAGUUUAACGACCCCGGCGCGCUACUGGACUACGCGAGCCUCAUGAUGAACCAGCAUAAUCUGGAGAUGUACGAAGAAUGCAUGGGCAAAGCAGCAGCCGCAGGCAGCCACCAUGCGUGCCUGUACCUCGCCAAUUUCUAUUAUCUCACGUACCAAGGCUUAUACCCGACGCGGGGCGAGCAGAAGCCCACCAAGGCCAACCCGAACCCAGCGGCGAAUUGGAAGCCCGUUUCGAUAGAGUCUAGGGACAAGAUUGAAAAUCUGAGCCUGUGGCAGUUUGUCGUUGAUAAGUUCCAAAGUUCUUUCAACCGGGCUAUGCCUCGGCAUGAUUACCACUUGCUUGCGCACAUGUGGUAUGAUGUUGCUUCUGGGUAUGGUGAGCCCAGGGCAUACUUUAUGCAUGCGCUUUUAUCGCGUGAUUUGAACUUGAUGUUUAAUGGCCGGAUGCAGUUGGAGAGCGCCAUGAUGGAUAAGGAUCCUCUUUAUGCGAAGAAGAUCAAGGAGUUGAAGCUUAAUUGGUAUAAUAAGGAUUAUGAGCCGUCUGUACCGAGAAAGAUGUUACCUGUGCGGUAG